AUGAAAUUUGCCAAAUAUCUCGAGUCAGAAAGUAUUCCGGAAUGGAGGAGGGCUUACAUCAACUACAAAGGCCUCAAGAAAAGAUUGAAAGCCAUCGAAAAGUACCGUAAAUUGAAUCAUGUCGAGGAAAACGUUCGACUUCAUAACGCUAUCCAGGAUAUCGACGAUGCACCAGACUUGGAUUAUCCUAACAGACUAGCAACACCGAGAAGACCAACACGUACCCAAUCCUCCAUCAUAGACAAUAGAUCCUCUGGAUUACAGCCCAGAAGCGUUUCGGCUAGUAAUUUAUUCAAGCGAUUUUCCUUUCACUUCAACAGACAAGACACAGAAUUAGGCAAUGUCAAUCGACCUUCUAUACCAGCCCUUGAACUGCAAUCUAUUUCUGUGUUGGAAGAGGCACUUCGGCAUGCAAGCGAACCCGAGCAGUACUUUUUCGUCAUGCUGGAUGGAGAUUUAGAGACAAUAUCUCGAUUCUACGAUGAAAAGGAAAAAGAAGCGGAAGCCAAAUACGAGGCACUUAAACUUCAAGUUCAAUUAGUUCGAGAUUUCGCAGUGCAGUUAUCACAUUUGCAUUCUGAGCACGAUAUCAUAUCUGCUGAUGGUCGAUUGAAUCCAAUGAAUUGGUUCAAGGGGAGAAGAGGAUCCAAUGAAACGGAUAUUCCUGAUCUACCAGCUUCCGUAGAAUACAAUGGAGAUCAUCAUAUGAGUUACAAUGUGGCAAGGAGCAGAUUGAAAAAGGCCAUUACCGAAUAUUAUCGUAGCUUGGAGUUGCUCAAGUCAUACAAGAUUUUGAACGAAACUGGAUUCCAAAAGAUCUUGAAGAAGUUUGAUAAGACAGCAGGAUGGAAAGCAAGCGCACUGUAUAUGGAGAAAGUGCGCAGAUAUCACUGGGCAAAGUCUCAUAAACUAGAUGAAUAUCUGCAGGACACCGAGAAUCUGUACAUUCAGGAAUUUGCGGAUGGACAUCGUAGACGAGGCAUGGCAAAACUUCGCAUCCCAGAGCGAGACGAUCAUUAUACACCCACAACCUGGAGAACUGGUUUCUACAUUGGUCUUUCUCUCGCACUUAUGGCUCGAGUCACUCAACUUGCAACCGAUCCCAAUGUGCAGCAACAGCUCCCCAACUUGGAAUACAACCUUCAGAUCUACGCCUGCUUUAGCUUACCCAUCUUGUUCUGCCUUGGUUUCUCCAUUAACACACUCGUCUGGACACGAUCUCACAUCAACUACAAGUUUAUCUUUGAAUUUGAUCCGCGAGACAACUUGGAUUACCACGAAUUCGCCGAAUUACCUUCACUGAUGCUGCUAUUGCUGUCAUUUAUGAUGUACGUGGACUUUUCUCAGUCAUUUGCACCCCUUGUUCCCUCUGAACUAUGCCCCUUGAUUUUGUUUGUCAUCAUCAUGGCUGUUUUGACAUGUCCAUUCCCUAUCUUGUAUUACUCUUCUCGUCGCUGGCUCAGUCUCUCCUUGGGUCGUAUCAUCCUCAGCUAUUUCUUCCCUAUUGAAUUCCGUGAUUUCUUCAUUGCAGAUGAACUCAAUAGUUUGGCUUAUUCUUUCUGGACAUUUUCUUACUUUGUUUGUGCCUACCGCUUUCACUGGAAUAACAUGUCAGCCAAUUGCCCUGUCAAAAUCUUCUGGUAUACCCCAUUCUUGGCGUGUUUGCCUCCUUGGUGGCGUUUUAUCCAAUGUAUUCGUCGUUAUCAGGACUCCAGGGAAAAAGUGCAUUUAGUGAAUGCUCUCAAGUAUACCACGAGUAUUGGAUCCACAUUAGCAACGGGCUAUCGACGAAUGUAUCCCAAUGCAUCGAUGGAAGUCAUUUGGGUCCUGUUUUGUAUUGUUAAUUCAUCGUACACUUCAAUCUGGGACAUCAAAAUGGAUUGGGGGUUACUGCAGCCUGAUAGCAAGCAUUUGCUACUGAGAAACGAUCUUGUAUUCUACAGAUGGACUUACUAUGUCGCUGCCCCUCUGAAUAUUAUCCUUCGUUUUGGAUGGACAUUGAACGCUGCUGGUUUAGGAUAUAAAGGUGAACUCAUUGGAUUUGUCACUGCGUUAUUAGAGGCUUAUCGACGUAUUCAAUGGAACUUUUUCCGUCUCGAAAAUGAACAUAUCAACAACUGUGGUAAUUAUCGCGCUAUCAAAGAAAUUCCUUUGCCGUUUGCUUUCCGUGAUGUCAACAAGUCGUCUGCUUCUGUUGCAGAAGAAGGUAGCAUACAAUUACCCAUGGAGCCUAGUGAUAUUACUUCGCCUGCUGCCGCUGCAAUCAUUCCUGGACGCAUGACGACACCUUAUAUUGACAACGUGUCUCCCGUGGGAUCCUUUUAUGGUCGUCGUGAUUUCGAGAAUAGACAUGAUUUGGAUGACGGUGUCAGUUCAAGCGGUGUAGGCGGUAAUUUGAAGCGUCAGCCAUCCAUGGUAGGCGCAGUUUUGGAGCGCAUCAAGUCUAAGAAGGCGACAAAGGCUUCGGAUUCUUCGGACACUGACUUGGAUGAUGAAGAAGAAGAUAGCGAUUAG